GUCACACUAUUGCGCGUUUCUGCUCUUAACAGGAGAAUCUAGUUUCCCUUGUCUCAUUUCUAAAAAGACACCAAUAAAGCGAUGUCUACGCCGGCAAGACGACGGCUUAUGAGAGAUUUUAAAAGGAUCCAAGAUGACCCUCCGGCAGGAGUUAGUGGGGCUCCAACAGAAAAUAAUAUUAUGAUUUGGAAUGCUGUUAUAUUCGGACCAAACGACACACCGUUCGAAGACGGAACGUUCAAGUUACAAAUGAUUUUUACAGAGGAAUAUCCAAACAAACCUCCGUCUGUUCGUUUCUUGUCUAAAAUGUUUCACCCAAAUGUUUAUGCGGAUGGUGGCAUCUGUUUAGAUAUUUUACAAAACAGAUGGAGUCCCACUUAUGAUGUAUCUGCUAUCCUAACAUCUAUACAGUCCCUAUUAGACGAGCCAAACCCCAACAGUCCGGCAAACAGCUUGGCCGCACAACUUUACCAGGAAAAUAGAAGAGAGUACGAAAAGAAAGUUAGUGCUAUAGUGGAAACAAGUUGGAUGAAUGACUGAUACUGCUGUUACGGCUCUACUGAGCACCUCUGCACUUGCAGAUUCCUGUUCUGCUUAGCCAAUUCCCCUCUAGAUUUUCUUUCUAAUUUUUUUCCCUCAGCCAUUACAGAAAGUUUGGUGUGGUACUCUGUUGCUGUUUGGUCACUAUUCGCAUAUUCAAAGGCUUAUUCUUCUUACAGUAUGUCAUGGCAUAAGUUGAGCAGAUAUCAAUUAUAACAAACAAAAGUCCCAUAUUUCAAACAAAAUUCUCAUAUUUUAUCAUUACCUUUAUUACAACUUGUCACUUAAAUACAACUUGCCACUGUCAAUAUUUCAGUACUGGGUUGUUUCUGUGAUAUUUUCAGCAGUAAACUGUUUUGUAAUGGCCAAUUUUGGUUCUCUUAACUUAAGAGAAUGCUGUACAAAAUAAUUUGUUAUAAAUUUAUUGUUGGGUGUAUAGUGUAGUGCGUUAGAUUGUCAAGAAUCUUUGUUGGGUUUCUAUAUUCUGGCAUGGCAAAUGUAAAUACAAUUAGGCACAGUGUUUAGACUGUCAAAUAAAUAUUAAUUAUUGACUUGUAA